CUCCACCCCAGCCCGCCAUGGCGUCAGCCGCCGCAACCCGGGGGAGGAGGUUCCCACUUUAAGAAGUGAAGUUUUCCUCCCCCUCCCCCUCCUGCUCACCUCCUGCCGCCUCCCGCGCCCCGCGGGGCCGCGGAUGGAGCUCCGCCGUGGCGGCGUGGGGAGCCAGGCUGCGGGCCGGAGGAUGGAUGGGGACUGCCGCGAUGGCGGCUGCGGCAGCAAGGACGCCGGGUCGGAGGACUACGAGAACCUACCGACCAGCGCCUCGGUGUCCACCCACAUGACAGCGGGAGCGAUGGCCGGGAUUCUGGAGCACUCCAUCAUGUACCCGGUGGACUCCGUGAAGACACGGAUGCAGAGUUUGAAUCCAGAUCCCAAAGCCCGGUAUACAAGCAUCUAUGGCGCCCUCAAGAGGAUCAUGCGCACUGAAGGCUUCUGGAGGCCGCUGCGAGGCCUGAACGUGAUGAUGAUGGGGGCGGGGCCUGCGCACGCCAUGUAUUUUGCCUGCUAUGAAAACAUGAAAAGGACUUUAAAUGACGUUUUCAGCCACCAAGGAAACAGCCAUCUAGCUAAUGGGAUAGCUGGGAGUAUGGCCACCCUACUCCACGAUGCAGUAAUGAAUCCAGCAGAAGUGGUGAAACAACGCUUACAGAUGUACAACUCACAGCACCAGUCAGCCCUCAGUUGUAUCCGGACAGUGUGGCGGACCGAGGGGUUGGGGGCCUUCUACAGGAGUUACACCACACAGCUGACCAUGAACAUACCCUUCCAGUCUAUCCACUUCAUCACCUAUGAGUUUCUGCAGGAGCAAGUCAACCCUCGCCGGGACUACAACCCACAGUCUCACAUCAUCUCAGGAGGCCUGGCCGGUGCGCUGGCUGCAGCUGCCACCACCCCGCUGGAUGUCUGCAAGACCCUCCUCAACACGCAGGAGAACAUGGCACUCUCCCUAGCCAAUGUCAGCGGCCGGCUGUCAGGCAUGGCCAAUGCCUUCCGGACGGUAUACCAGCUCAACGGCCUCGCUGGGUACUUCAAAGGCAUCCAGGCUCGAGUCAUCUACCAGAUGCCUUCCACCGCCAUCUCCUGGUCUGUUUAUGAGUUCUUCAAGUAUUUCCUUACGAAGCGGCAGCUGGAGAAUCGAACUCUGUACUAAAGGAACAGGGCAGUGGGAAGUGGUUCCGGCAUCUUUUGUUCCAGCUUCAUCCUCUUGUUCUUGCACCCAGGUCUGGUCCUGAAGGGUGCUUGCGCCGGGCCCUUCGUUCCCUGGUGCCUUAGAAAGGGAGGACCGGCCUCCACUGUCCAGCACGCUGUCUGUGGGGACAUCUGAGGUGGUGGUAGGCGGGAGAAACUUGGGGAAAGGGAGGAGUUGCUUUUUUCUCCUCCUUCCUCGAGAGGAAUGUAGCUUUUCUGCCUCACUGUGGUCUUCUCCCUAGAUCUUUAGAUCACACCGAAGAGGCAAACAGUGACACAGUAAAGAAAAAGUUUAUGUACAUAAAAGUACCAUUACCCAGUCUGAAAUAGGUGGAUAAUGUUUAUCCUUUAUUUUUCUACAUAGAGAUUUUUGAAAUUGUGUGUGCUUGUGUGUGUCCAUAAAUAAUAUUAGAGUUGGGAAUGAUGGGCUUUUUUUUUUUUUUAAAUAAGAGAGUUGAAUUCUUCCAUCAUGAGAAGUAAAACAAACAACAACAAAAAACACAAGGAAAAAAGGCACCAAAGUAAUAAAUGGCUUUAUGUGGCCUGAAAUUGUGUGUAGCGCCCCUCCCAUGGGAGUUUAACUUGAAUGUAAAAUAAUAAAUACAAAGUUUAUAUUUUGAAUUUCUCUUUUCAUGGGGAGAAAGGUACGUUGAAACAAAUCAAAAUAGUCUAUCACUUGGAGCUUUUUUUUUUUUUUAAUA